AUGUCGUCCUCCACGCUGGGAAAGAAACGAAAACGCGGCUCGGACGAUGGAGACCAGGUCGCGCUCAGCCUGAGCGAAUUACCCGCGAGUCAAGUGGGCCCCGUCCUCGGCAGUUUCCCCUCCACACGCCCGCCAUCCGACACCCCAUUUCGGUGCUAUGCGCACGUAGAGAGGGACAGGAAAGCGCCGUUCGAGCUUCAGCACAUCCUGGUUGCCGGAGAGGCAGAGAAGGUCGACUUUUCUUCCGCCGAUGUUCCUUCCUCCGCCUCCUCUGGAUGCAGUUACAUGGUUGCUGUUCAUGACAAACGGACCAAGAUCACCACCUUCCGUCCCGCACCCCUCCAUAUUCUCGCUCGCCAAGUGAAGGCUCUCAAAAACCUCCAGCCGAUCGAGGUUUCCACCGAAGAACGGAUGGAGCUCCGCAACAAUCUGGGAGAGGCGUUCGGAACGAAGAAAGCCAAGUCUGCUAUCAGGGCGAGAGAGCGGAACAGGGUGGACAUCGAUGCUAUGAAGGAUGUUGCCGGACACCUCCAGGACACCAUCAUGCAGAACACAGAGACUCUACCCACUGCCGAGGAAGCCAAGGAAGCUGCAGAUAGCAGUAGGCUUGUUCCCCCAUACAACGCAGAAGCUCAACGGCCUCAAGACGUAUACCCCAUCAACAGCGUCGUACCUGAGGUCGAGUUCAACGCCCUCCCCAUAUCCUCCUUCAAGUCGACCAAGACUCACGAAGAACGUCGUGCUCUUCUCCCUUUCAAUCGGUCUGACUGGGUCAAUUGGCACCUAAGGUUGAUGUACUCCGCUCCGAAGCCUAAUAAAACCAACCUGAAGCUUGUCUACUACAUCUCCACCAUGAUGGCACUGUUGAAGAGCUCACGGUCCGUAGGGGACAAGGACGCUUUGCAGCAGCGCUUGACCGGAGUACCGUCCAUCGUUAUUGACGGUCUCCUAUCAAGAUUCACGGAGAAGGAGCGCGGCACGAAUAAAGCGAAGAUGACGCCGCAGACGGAGACGAUGCUGCUCACCUACAUGUUCGCGCUUUGCCUGCGAAUAGACGACUAUGCCGCCGAUUUCAUGACGCUCGCUCGUGACCUGAGCAUGCAGCCCGCCAAAGCAAACGGCUUAUUCAAGUCGCUAGGGUGCACCAUCAAAACGCUCGCUUUCACCGAGCUCAAGGAGAUCGGGCUCCCCGACUCGGAGGCGGAGACGAAGCGCGCCGUACUCAAAGUCCCGCUCGAGUUCCCGAAGACAAGGCAGAAGCGCGGGCGACGGUGA